UGAGAGUAAAGGAAAGCCCUCCGAGUCCGGCCUCAUACCGCUAAGGUGAUCAUACCAAAUACCUGCCUGGCUUUGGUGGCCAAUCCCCGGGUCAAUCUGUCCCCGGAAAUGUCAAAUAUGCUUUAAAAACACAUAGCAAGGGGAAAUAACAUUAUAACAAAGUUGAUGUUUCAAUGGCGUGGUGCUUGUUCGCAGCAAUACAAUUAUUGUGGCCUUAGCGUUAGCAGCCUUCUUCUUCUUCUUCGUAAUUGCCGGCUAAAUUCUGAAUACAUAACUCGUUUCAGUGUGGACCACACAAGUGUUUUAAACCAGUUUGUCCUGCCCCACACACGAGGAAGCUCCCAUGGCCAAACCCGCAUCAUCCGCAAGGCCUACGAGCAAGACUUCUACACCCACAUGAUGGAUGAGUCCUACCAGCUGUGGUCCCAGCUGGAGAAGGAGGCGGGUGUCAAACUGUACAGACAAACAGGCCUGCUGGUGAUGGGACCAGAGAACAGUGAGAGUUACCUGCUGUAUAAAAACACCAUGGAGAGGAACAAUGUCCCCAUGGUGAUUCUGAGUCCUGACAAGUUCAGCCAGCACAUCCCCAAUGUCGUCCUGGCUGAGGGAGAUGGAGCGCUGGUGGACAUAAAUGCUGGAGUCCUUUAUGCUGACCGGGCACUCAAGACUGCACAGGGGCAGUUUCAGAAGCUGGGUGGGGUCAUAAGAGACAAGGAGAAGGUGACGGACAUCACGCCUGGCCCUGUUGUGACAGUUACAACCUCUGCUGGUGUUUACCGAGCCAAGAGCUUGGUAAUCACCACUGGACCCUGGGCUAAAAAAGUGCUGGCCAACAUUGGAUUACAGUUGCCACUAGAGGUGGUGAAGAUCAACGUGUGCUACUGGAAAGAGAAGGUUCCUGGAACAUAUGACGUGAAUAAGCGCUUUCCCUGCUUCCUGCUGACUGAGGGCGUGGAGUCUAAUAGCCACAUCUACGGCCUCCCGUCCAACGAGUACCCCGGGCUGGUUAAGAUUUGCUACCAUAUAGGAGGUCCGACAGACCCAGACCAGAGAGACAAGCAGACAAGCAGGUUUGAUAUCGACAUCCUCAAACGCUACAUAGCCCGCUGUUUUCCUGGCCUCAUCCCAGAUCCAGCUGUGGUGGAGAGCUGCAUGUAUACGAUGACGCCUGACAGUCAUUUUGUGCUGGACUGCCACCCUGCCCACAGCAACAUUGUGUUUGGAGCCGGAUUCUCAGGUCACGGCUUCAAGUUCGGACCAAUCAUUGGCAAGCUCCUGUGUGAACUCAGCCUGGGAGAAGUGCCCUCCUAUGACCUGUCACCUUUCCGAAUCAGGCGCUUCCAGGAAAACACCAAAUCAGCUUUAUAGAGCUGGACCUGAUAAGCCAAGCAUAAACAAAUCAAGUUGAAUUUUAGCUGCAGUAUGAUUUGAGAUGGUAAUUUAGCCCUUAGUUUUUUAAACACAAAAUGACAAAUGUUUCGUCUGCUGCUUUUAUGUGAAGAAAUCAGUAUGUGUUUCCACCUCCGCAAUGUGAAAUCAGAUGUGUAGCUCUAAUGCAGCAUGAAGGUCAGUGUGUUCUUACGCAGUUAGGUUAACAGUCUGCAGCUUUUUGAUGAUUGAAAACAACUCUGGUGUCUGUACGCUGAAUAUAAAGCUACAGCAGUGGUUAGCUUAGCUUGCAUUGGCAUGGAAGUACAGGAAAACACAUAAUGGAGCCUGGCUCUGUCAGAAAAGGUUGCUACCAGCACUUUCACAAUUUGCUCAUGAAAGUUGCUCAUUGGCAUGUUACGCUAAAGAAGCCUGACUCUCAAAAACAAAAACAUCUGAACAUUCAAGGGUUUUUAUUAUCAUGUGCACAGUCACUACAGUGUAGUUAUGGCAUUGAAAAUCUUAGGUCCCGAGCUCCUACAACAGUGCAACAUAUUAUAAAAGGACAUAAAACAAAACAAUAAUAAAAUAGGAAUAGAAAUAAUACAAUAAAACUAACAGUAGUGCAAAAUGAAUAGUGAACAGAAUAUAAACACAUGAUGGCAUGAUGAAAGUGAUGAAGUUUAUUCAGGAUUCUAUGUACAUGUAGUAGAAUUAAAUAUACAAUAACAGCAUGCAAGAGUUAAGAUUACAUAUUGUACAGUGAUCUACAAUUAAAUACUGUUUGUAAUUAAAUAAAUAGUGCGAUGCAACCAGGGACAUUUUGGGGGUUAUGGAGUCACUUCACAGAGCUCAGGUGUUUAGCAGUCUUAUGGCCUGUGGGAUGAAACUGUCUCUGUCUCUGGUAGUUUUGGUCCUGAUGCCGCCUGCCAGACAGCAGCAGACAGAACAGUUUUUUGCUGGGAUGAUGGGGGUCUUUUAAAAUACUGUGGGUUUUCUUCCUGAGCCGCUGGGUGUAGAGGUCCUCCAUGGAAGGCAGCUCAGUCCUGGUGAUGUGCUGAGCAGUUUUCACCACCCUCUGUAGAGUCUUACGGCUGAAAGCGGCACAACUGCCGUAUCAGGCCAUAAUGCAGCCGGUCAGGAUGCUCGAUGGUGCACCUGUAGAAGUUGCAGAGUAUCCUGGAGUCCAUGUUGAACCUCUGCAGCCUGCGGAGGAAGAAGAUCCGCUGUCGAGCUGUUUUGGUUCAAGGGAUUUUCAUGCCAUCUCCCGCAUAGAGCAUGCGCACGUGGGAUUCUCUUAAGCCCCGCUUCCAAUCCGCUGCCUCACAUUAGUGUACAUUCUGGUCUCGUUCAAUCAAACGAAUGGUAAAGGGAACAUUUUAAUUAGUAUGUUAAUUUACCUAAAAAUGAUUGAUUAUGAUGUGCCUUACACCCAAGUUCUAGUAACAUCAUUUAGCCACUAUGAGAAUUUGCUUUACCCACCAAUUGCAAUUCUUACAGUAGGGGCUUUAUCAACAGACCAACGUUUUCUGGUUUCGCUUUUUUGAAUGAGGAACACAGCCUAUCGCUGCCUGAAGCCACAAGUUAUUUCCUCUCACGCAUUGCACGCUGUUAGCUGUAGACUUUGCGAUGUGUGAAAGUGCCAUUUUUUAAGCCAAGAAGGAUUAAACAUUAGGCGAAACCUUGUUGGAUCUAUUGCAACUAGUUCUUUAAUGUUGGUUUGGUGUGUCAGGGCCUUUAGCCAUUCAAAGGUGGAUAGCAAAGGACCAGUAGGUUCUCAAUUUCAAAAGUGAGAUUCUGUUUUUUUGUAUAUUUCAUGUUGAUCAAAAGUUUCCAUGAGAAAAAGCUUUGUUCACUUUCCUGCGUAAAAUGGUUUCUCAGAGCUACCUGGGUUCUUGUGAGAAAUUGAGACCAAUCAGUGAUAGGUUGUCACCAAGAGCUUUCUAGCUCAGCUACAUAUGGUGCUAUAGCACUAGCAUUAACAGUAGUUCUAUUCACUACCAUUUUAAAGUUGUGAAGUUCACCAUGGUACGCUUUAUCCCCAAUGUGUUAUGACAUUCUACACACAUUAAAGGCAUUUUAUUUGAAGAAAUGACAGAAGAAACAACCUUUUGAAUAAUGGGUCCAGCUGUCCUCAAAAAGAACACAAACCUUAUGUAAUGAACCAGAAAAAAACUAAUUGAUUCUGACCAGAGGAACAACAUCAACAACUACAGUCUAACAGUGUUGUGCAAUUGUAAAUUCAGCCAUCUGUGACAAAUGGUAAUAAAAAAAAAGCUAUAAUCUCAUUGGCUCAUAUGAUUUCAUAAAUCAGUAAACCUCCCUCUCCCUGCUUUCCCAGCAUUCAUCAUUUUGCCAUCUAAGUGCAUGGUUAAAAAGACAUCAACCAUCAGGCCGUUUGUCUCUGUGAUGCAAGCUGCGUGCUUAGGCUCCAGAGGUGGCCCUAUUGCCUGGAUCUAUUUCCCGAUGUACCGGUAAACAUUUUAAUCACUAAUCAGACGGCCUAUUACAAUGGAUGCCAACCACGGCCAUCAGCGGGAAUGGGAAAAUUAUGCAGUGGAGCGGCAGAGAUCAGUGAGCCGGUUGCUCCCUUGCCUCUAAGUGACUUCAGAUGGAUAGCACGGGGCCAUUAUGCAAAUUGUGAGAAUUAGAAGUACAUUAAACAUGCAAAUGCAAAUAUUCAACCACCAAUAAUCACCAAGCAGGGCCAACUGAAACACCUAUGUGGAACAUUAUCUAGCUUGUAACAUUCCUCAAAGCCUAGAGAAAAGCCAACUUUAUUCUGCUCAUGAUUCUGUUAGCCUCAUAAUUGGUAAUGGAACCCAGUCCACUUAUUGCAUUAUGGUGCCAGACCAGGGCUCACACUGUACAUCAAUACCAGUAGAGACACUGCAGAGGGGAGAAUAUGUUGCAGGGAGCUCAAGUUAAAUGAAUCUUCUCUCAGGAAACACAGGUUAGCAAGAAUAAUUCAGAUGGAAACGACGUUCCAGAAAAGGAGGUUUCAAUUUGAGGAAAAAAAUGUAUAUUAAAGGUUGUACAUUUACAGAAAAAGCAACUUAAUCUCAUUUUUUUUAUUUUAUAUGAUUGUUAAAGCUGAUAAUAUGAGAGAUAUUAGUAUCAGGAGGGUAGAGAAACCAAAACAGAGCGAAAAUGAGAGAGAAUAUCGGAAUUACAUUCAUCAGGUAGAGACAAAUAUGACGCAAGUGUGUGUUUAUUUCCUGUGCUUGUUGCACUGGCCGAAGGUUCAAAAUUCAAUUUAUAUAAAUAAAUGUAUGCAGUUUUAAGUACAAUGUGUAUAUUUGCAGGGCCUAAAGACAGUCCCAGUUAUUUAUGGCUAUGUGAAAACUGAUAAUAAAUAAUACAUCAAUGCUUUCAGCAUCUGUAGAGCUUUGACAGUUUUGUCAAAGUUUAUUAAAGAUUCAACUUUUAUUCAA